CGCUCUCUCUCUCUUGGUCUGUUCUUUGUAGCUGCACUGCUGAACUGAUGCAAUAAACUAAAAUAUUUUGGCGAGUAACUAUGUGUGUCGUAAACUCAUUAAAAUAAUAUAAGGCGAUGAUAGUACCAUCUGUUGUGCAUGAGCAUAAUUUCCUUGUUGAUUGCUUGUCUGCAAUUGCAACCACCCUGCAUCACUUGCAUUCACCUCCGCCAUCUCCGUGAAUGACUUCGACGACAACGAGCAGGAUAUUUCGCUGUGCCGUGUUUACCUGUCGCCUCUCGCAGGAACUCGAGCGAGAUACUCCCGCAAGAAAUGGCUUAUAACUUUCCAGGUGUACCAGCGACCGCUAUGCCGCCCAUGGGCAUGGGACCGAUAGGUCCACUGGGUAUACCAGGACCUCAAGGCUUUAUGGAACUUGCGGGUCAAGGAUUUCCACCGUUGCCACCACCUAUACCACUGCCCGGGAUGAACGAUUCUCCUCUAGAGUUCAGUACGAACAAGAAUCAGCCUCCAGUAGUGCGGGAAACCUCGGAUGACAAUAAUGACAGGAGAAACGAUAAGAAUGACAAUAGAAGAGAUCGAGAAAAUAGAGAUAACCGGGAGACACGAGAUACUAAUAGGAGGUCAAGAAGCGAGCGCAGUGACAGACGCGACAGAGAUCGGGAGCGGAGGGAAGAGAGAAAUGAACGCGACAGGAGGGACGAUCGGAGAAUUGAAGAUAGAAACAAUGGAAAUUCCGUGAAAAAUAAUAACGCUCAUUCGAAUAAUUCGAACAACAACGAAAUUCUAUCGUCGACAAACACAAAUAACACGCCAAAUAUAGGUACGCAAAUAGAACCUACCACCAGUGUCUGGGGUAUGGGAGUGGGUUAUCCCAUGAUGGGCAUGGGUCCCAUGGGACCAAUGGCACCUAUGAUGGGUGAAAUGGCACUGGGUCCUCACAUGAGUCAUACUCACGGUUACAAUCCAAUGGGUAUGGGCAUGAUGUCACAUGAUGGAAGUAUGAUAGGUGCACAGAUAUUGGGUGCUGAGCAAAUCAUGUCAGAUGCAGCACAAAUAAUGACAGCAACUUUACCACCGCCACCUACGACACCUCAAGGUACCAAAGAAAUUAUACAUUGUAAGAGCUGUACAUUGUUCCCACCAAAUCCGAAUGCUCCACCACCCACUACACGAGAGAGGCCACCAGGGUGUAGAACAAUUUUCGUCGGAGGAUUACCUGAAAAUAUCACUGAAGCUAUAAUACAGGAGAUAUUCGAACGAUGCGGGGAGAUUACUACUUUACGUCUCUCCAAGAAAAAUUUCUGUCACAUACGCUUCGUCCUGGAAGCCAGCGUCGACGCAGCUAUUUAUUUAUCUGGCUACAGAGUGAGAAUAGGAUCUAGUGGUGAUUCUGUAAAUACCGGCAGAUUGCAUGUAGACUUUGCUCAGGCUAGAGAUGAUCAGUACGAGUGGGAAUGCAGGCAACGGCAGCUGCAAAGAGAACAACGUCAUAGAGAAAGGGUAGAAAAGGAAAGGCAACGGCCACCGUCGAGUCCACCUCCGGUGGUGCACUACACGGAUCAUGAGGCAUCAAAUAUCUGCGAAAAAAUUAAGCAGGAUGAUACCUUUAUGAAAGCGGUUCAAGUGGUCGUAACGUGGUUAGAGCGAGGAGAUUGCACGAAACGUAACGCCAAUAUCUUCUAUUCGAUGAUACAGUCGACGAACUCUCACGUGCGACGAUUGCUGACGGAGAAAGCCGCUUACGAGGAGGAGCUACAGAAAGCCAAGGAACUGAUGAAGGGACGAAUGCAGGGACUCCUCAUACAAUUCAGUCAGAUCGAACGAGUCUUUACUGCGGCCAGCCACAAGAAAGUCUGGGAUCACUUCACUAAGGCACAGCGGAAGAACAUCGAGAUGUGGAAGAAGCAAUCUUCGGAAAUAAAAGCGGUGCAGCUGGAGGACAGUCUCAUGGAGGGCGAGGGCGAGAUGGACGUGUCGGACUCGGAGGAGGAGCCGCAGCGUAAGAAAGGCCGCAAUCCGUCGGACGGCAACGAGGAUGCUGAGAGAUUGCAAGCUUUGAAGGAGGAGAACGAUAGUCUAAGGUGUCAAUUGGAAGCGUAUAAGAACGAGGUAGAUCUCUUGAAGUCGGAGACGAAAACCGAGAUGGAUGGCAAGGAUAAGCAGACGAAAAUGCUGCAGAAGACGUUAAAAGGCAUGCAAGACCAGCUGAUGCAAUCGCGUAAGCAGCAGGCGCAGGAUGAUCAGAAAAUCAAGGAUCUGACCAUCAAACUGAUGAACGCUACGAAAAAGGAGGAGCCGAGGGAGAGCGAGAUUAUUACUCUCGACAAAGACGACGACAUAAGCGAAGAGUCGCGUACACCGAAGCAACACAUUCUUGUCUCCAACUUCAUACAAGUCACUCAAAAGGACGCCAAACUUAUUGCAUGGAUUUCAGGACUGAUAGCAACAUUUCUACAUAUUCAUCCAUUCGGUGCAAGUGUGGAUUAUCUGUGGUCGUACCUGCAGAAAAUGGAGCCCGGCAUCAAACCAAACGAGGUCGAGGUUCUGAUGCAGCGUUUCCCGCAGGUGUUCAAGCAGGAGCUAUUUGGCAUCGGCGCAAACAUGGAAAGGCGUUGGCAAUUUUCAGGUUUUAAUGUCUAUCGCAAUCAUUGAUAAAUUCUUAGACGACUGAAUGUAAAAAAUUGCGGAAAAGUACGUUGUCUCAUUCCUCUCUUUAGCGUUAUUACCCACAGUUCGCAAUUGAAGCUUAUCGACGAAAUAAAGAAGUCUCGUGUUCGUUUCGCUUUAUAACAAUGGCGAACGAAGUUCAAUGUCGUAAACUAAUGAGAUAUCUUUAUUAAUUUUAAACGCAGCGUAUGAUCUACAGUUAGAUCUCGAUUGCGUCGAUAAUUAGCAAAAAUCGUUGAAAAGUUCGGGAAAAUUUUUCACGUGCGACAGAAUCUGAUAUUUUAUAUCAGAUUUAAUUUUAAAAUUAAUUGUAAACUAAGAUAAUUUCUUUUGAGGUCGAAUUGCACAAAUUUGAUUUGUCAUUAUUAGACUGUUAUGUUUUCAUUCUCUCA